CUUGAGGCAUUGGAGGAUCCAGUGGAAGUGGCUGCUCAAGCAACAGAGCAAGAACAAGUUACUGAGACAGUUCGUACAAAAAAAAAAUGGUAGAGGGAAAAGCACAUGCAAAAAGCUUGCCAAGCUUAAGGCUGGAGAGAAAUUACCAGUCAUAUUUUUGGAAAGGCGUGUUGUUGGGCCAAAUCGAGCUGUUUGGGCAAGCUAUCUCGGGC